GAGGAGCGCGGCACGCUGCCCAGCGCUGCUCCUCGCCAGGGAUCUGUCUGAAGUGGGACCCUUUGCUGUGUGUCUCAGGUUAGGGUUUGUCCCUUAGGACAGCGGGUUUCUGAUUCUGCCUGGGUGCUGCCGCUCAUUGACAGAAGAGCUGGCUCGGGGAGUAUCUCUACUUGUCACAAAACCACCUCGGGAUCCGGGGAUUUCUUCCUGCGGCUGGGGGUUUGCCUCGUAGGCUGGCGUUAUUUGAUUCUUCUCCCUCUCCAUCAACUAAUGAUCAGAUGAAGCUACAGAUGACAUGACCAAAGUCAAAACAAUGCAUGAACUGAUGAGAAACAGCACUCAGAACGUUAGCUGCUUCGUUGCUGGAAAUCCUAAGUGCAACUUUACUACCAAGAGACCCUGAUGUUAUGUGAUCACUGAGCACAGUUGGCAAGAAUGGAAAACCAAAGGAAAACCAAAACUAGCUGCGUCUCAUAAAUAAAAGAUUUCAAGAUUCAGCUGAAUCAAAAAAUUAUUCCAGCCAUGGGAGAAAAUGCAAGUUUUUGGGAAAGUCUGAUAUAUGCACACCCUACGUGUACCACCUGGAAGCAAGAGGCAGAGGGAUCUAUCUACCACCUAGCCAGUAUUUUCUUUGUCGUGGGCUUCAUGGGUGGAAGUGGAUUCUUUGGGCUCCUCUACGUCUUCAGUUUGCUUGGACUGGGCUUUCUCUGCUCUUCUGUUUGGGCUUGGCUGGAUGUGUGUGCUGCUGAUAUAUUCUCCUGGAAUUUUGUACUGUUUGCUAUAUGCUUCGUCCAGUUCGUUUAUGUUACCUACCAAGUCCGGAGUGUUGCCUUUGACAGGGAAUUCCAGGAACUCUACAGUGCUCUCUUCCAGCCUCUGGGAAUUUCCUUGACUGUGUACAGGAAGAUUGUCUUGUGCUGCGAUGCAGAAGUGGUUAGCCUGGAGAAGGAGCACUGUUACGCCAUGCAGGGCAAAACACCUAUUGACAAACUGUCCUUGCUCGUGUCAGGCAGGAUCAGAGUGACAGUUGAUGGGGAGUUUCUGCAUUAUAUUUUUCCUCUUCAAUUUCUGGACUCUCCUGAAUGGGAUUCACUGAGGCCCACAGAAGAGGGAAUUUUCCAGGUGACACUCACAGCAGAGACAGAUUGUCGGUACGUGGCCUGGAGGAGAAAGAAGCUCUACCUGCUGUUCGCUAAACACCGCUUCAUCUCCCGCCUCUUCUCGAUUCUGAUCGGGAGCGACAUCGCCGAGAAACUGUACGCCCUGAACGACAGGGUGCACGUGGGGCAAGGCUUCAGGUACGACAUCCGCCUGCCCAACUUCUACCACGUGGCGCUGCCGGAGCCGCCUCCGGUGCCGCCGCCGCCCCGCUCGCACCGCCUGCAGCGGGGCUCGCCCCGCCGCCAGCCCGCGGCGCUCAGCAACUGCGGCCCCCAACUCGCUCCCUCCUAGGCAGGGAAAGCCUGCUGCAGCCAUUCCUCAGAGCGCCGGAGGGAAAUGGAAGGUGGCGGAGCAGAAGAGCGGAGAGAGGAAAGCAGAUGAAGCCAAAUUUGACUGACAAGUGCCAUUAACUGGAAUAGGUUGCGUUCUCUCAAGCCAGCAGGUUGGCUUCUGCAUUUUGACUGUCCGUGCAAUAUGUUUACUUUCUUUUGAUACUCCUUCAUCUCUUUUGUUUGGGAGGAGAGCAAAUCAUAACAGUAUGAGGUCUCAUUGCAAUUGUGGUGGCCUCUGUAGUGGCGUGUUGGCUUUUUUUAAUUUUGUUGUUGAUUUUUGGUCUUUAUUUUUAAAGCAAGCCCAUUGUAAUUAUAUUUUCCUCAAAAAUUUUUAUCACAAUGAAGUAUAGUCAGAAUAGUCAAUGAAAACAACUAAGUUGUCUUCAAAAUAUACCAACUGGCUUCUAAUGUUCUUUUUUAUGCCAUGUGAAAGUUCUGUCAAUUUACAUGAAUAAUGUUGCAGAAAAAAGACUAAGGAACGAUCGCAUUGGGUUUGUUUCUUAAAGAAAUAAAAGAUUUUGAAAUGCACAGCAAGAUUGUUAAAAACCAAACCAAACAAAACAAAACAACAAAUUCUGUCCCAUGAGUAACUGGUUUCUCUCCGACUGUCCUUAAGAGGUAAUACAUGAAAACAAACAUAGGUGUCAUUGCUGGCAUUAGAAAAAUAGAAGAGCUGUAACUGCUGGAAAUACAACGUAGGGAAAUGGUGGUGUAGCAUUUCUGAUAGAAUGCAAUGCUAUAGGACCUGGGCUACUGCAGUGUCAGUGCCCUUUGUGACAUGUACAAUAAAUAAUGUUAAUCAAUCUACUGCCAAACCAUUGGAGUUUGUUUUAUAAUAUUCCUUUCAGCUAUGUUUGUCGGGAAGAGACUAAAACAGCUGCAGCAAUAAAUACAAUUUUUAACUGACACAUUCUUGUUUAGCUUCCAGAGUCACUUUUCUGUGCCUAUGAAAUUCUUUAUUCAAAAGAUGUUCUCUCCCUAAUUCCAUGGUGUUUUAAUGACAUUAGGGAGCCUCAGAUUGCACUUCAGUAGGAGAGAGUUCAUUCCGACCCUCGGGGUCACUGUGCCUUUGAAGAGAAGUGUCCAAAUGUCUUUGCUAACUCACCUUCCUGCUGCUCUGCCUGAUGCCUGCCAGUAAUCAAAAAGUAAGAAGCAUUACUAUUUUAUGAGAGUGGAUUGCUGCUUGAUAUGUCUGGAAGUAGAUAAUACUUUUGAUAUUUUAAAAUUGCUGGCUUGUUUGGUAGGACAACCCCUGUGUGCUUCUCUGUGUGUGGGUGUACGUCUAAGUUCAGAUCUUGUGAGUUGUUUCUGGAGGACAUAAAAUGAUGCUACGAUCUUACACUUGAAGGAUAAUCAUGCAGUCUGUAUAAAAAAGCUAUUAGGAGUGAUGUGAAACACUACCUGUUUGAAGGACAUUUCGUGUAGAGCAGAUAAGAUUGUACAAGCUUUGCUUUUUUAGGUUUAUGUUGCUUCCUCAGAGAGGAAAACCAGCCAAACAUAAAUACCCCAGCAUGCAAUGUGAUAAUGCCCAAAUCAUUCUCACAACCCUUCCAGGCAGUGUAUUCUGUAUGUACUGCUUAAUGCAUGAAGUCCCUGAGUCACAGAGCUACUUUGUCUUGGCUGAAAGAGAAUUGGAAAAAAUGCAAACAGUUCACUGAUGGCUUUUAAUGACCUGUUCGGAUGAUCUCUAAGGCACAAAGUGCCAGAGGCUGGCAGCAUGUUGUAAGGAUGUACAUUUGUGUAACAGUCUGCAAACAUAAAAAUAUUUUAAAUG